AUUUCUAAUGGCCCAUGAACCCCCGAGUCUCCAAAGCACACCUAACUUGAGGCCUUAAGUGAUCAUACGCUACCCAGCCUUGAACUGUCCGCUGGUUGCUAUUCAUAACCAAAAUCAGACGGUACAAAGAUAAGGCUCUUUUCCGGCUUCUCUUCCACUCCCAAAACCAUCAAUAACCCACAAAAUUUAUCAACCCAGAUUGUUCGACAGGAAUCAAAUCGUGGGUUGCUUCGAAAUUUAAGCAUUUUCGAUUACCCAACAGGAUUUGAGUCGAGGGUUUUUGAAAUUGGUAACGAAAUCGUUUUGGAAAUUGUUUUUCCAUGUUCUUAAAUAAAACCCAGUCGCUGAUUUUCGCUUGAGGGGCUGCAUGAGUGGGCGAAACUCCUUUUGUAGGCUCUUCAAGUUUGGGAGCUUGAACUGGAAGCAAAAGCGACAGCAACAGCAACAGCAACAGCAGCAGCCAUGGCUAUUUGUUACACUCUCGCGCUCACUCAGACAUACUCUUUUAGCUGUUUCAGAUUUUCAAUCCGUGAAGUUUCUUUAUCGUGGCAUUCUUCUCGAGUUCGCAAUCGCUUCAUUUCUUGCCGACGGUUGAAGAAUAUGAAUCAGGCUUGCAUUUCUUCCAGCUCCAGGCUUCAGAGAGUCAUUUCGAAAUGUUCAAUAACCAACUCCGAUGUAAAAUUCGAUCAAGUUUCUGUGGAAGAUGAUGUUCAAGAAGCUUUAUCUUCUGUAGAAGCUGAUUGUUCACUUUCAAUCGUACAAUUGAAUUCUGGAUUCCUGGAGGCUGAUACAUUGACUCUACAAACAGAACCUUUGGGUUUAUUGACCGAACGAACUUAUGUCGAUAGUCUUUUGACAACUUUGCCUGUUUUAUCUGAGGGGGAGCAGAAUGUGCUUGCGGCAACUCCAGCUCAUCCUGCUGCAUUGUACGCUUUAUACGCCACAUGUAUUGCGGGCAAUUUGGUAGAACAGCUUUGGAAUUUUGCUUGGCCUUCUGCCAUUGCAUUGCUUCAUCACAGUCUUCUUCCAGUUGCAGUUAUGGGAUUCUUUACAAAGCUUGCAUUGAUAGUCGGAGGUCCAUUGGUCGGGAAGUUUAUGGAUAAUUUUCCGAGAGUACCUGCAUAUACUUGCCUGAAUUGUGUUCAGGCUGCUGCUCAAUUACUAUCUGCUUCAAUGGUAAUUUAUGCCCAUUCUAUUCCACAUUCUGCUGCAUCAUCAUCCAUACUUCUUCAGCCUUGGUUUAUUACCCUGAUCUUUGCUGGUGCCAUAGAGAGGCUAUCUGGAAUAGCCUUGGGGGUUGCUAUGGAGCGUGAUUGGGUCGUCUUGUUAGCCGGAAUCAAUCGACCUAUCGCACUUGCAGAAGCUAAUGCUGUUCUUAAUCGAAUUGACCUUCUCUGUGAGAUAGUUGGAGCAUCUUUAUUUGGCCUUAUCCUUUCCAAGUAUGAUCCAGUAACUUGCUUGAAGUUCGCUGCGGGUUUAAUGUUAUGGUCCUUGCCAGUCGUGGUUCUACUUACCUGGCUAACGAACCAACUCUCCACCGGUGUUCUUGAUCGGGCAAAAUGUUCGCAAACUUCUUGUGGCAAUCCCACUGAAGUAACUUCACCUAGUGCUGAGAGUAUAAUGGAUGUGGGUGUAGAAGUUAUUAAAAAUGGAUGGAUGGAGUAUUUACAGCAACCAGUUCUUCCUGCUAGCCUUGCCUAUGUGCUUCUCUACUUCAAUGCUGUUCUUGCUCCAGGCAGUUUGAUGACAGCAUUCUUAACUCAACAAGGUCUUAAACCAUCAUUAAUUGGUGGUUUUAGUGGAUUAUGUGCUUUCAUGGGUGUUACUGCAACCUUUGUAUCCGCAAAUUUGGUCAGACAAUUCGGAAUUUUGAAGGCUGGAGCAGUUGGAUUAAUAUUUCAAGCUGCACUUCUAACAGUUGCUGUUGCUGUGUACUGGAGCGGGCCUCUUUCCCGGCAGAGCGCUCUUCUUUUCUUCUUAUCUAUGAUCGUAUUAUCGAGGCUGGGACACAUGUCGUAUGAUGUCGUGGGGCAACAGAUUCUUCAAACCGGGAUACCAUCAUCGAAAACGAACCUCAUUGCAUCAACUGAGGUCUCAGUUGCUAGUUUAGCAGAGUCUAUAAUGUUGGGUGUUGCAAUAAUUGCAAACGAUACUUCGCAUUUUGGAUUUCUAGCGAUGCUAUCACUUCUGGCUGUUGUUGGAGCUGCAGUGAUGUUCUGCCACUGGUUGUUGAAUCCAACUGAUGAACAAAGAAAACUUUUCUCUUUCAGCUCUCCCUUUGAGAUGCCCUGAUGCUAAAGCUAUGCUUGACAUAAGCUGGAGCUGUUGGAUUCUUGAUACAUAGGACACAUUAAUAUGUAAGUUGUGGAGGGUCAAGCUCAUACUAUCCUCUCUUUCAUGUGCUCAUAUUUAUAUUGUGGGUAAAUGAAUACACAAUGAAAUGAAAUUAACCCGCUACCACAUAUUUCAAAAGCUAGACUAGAUUCAUCAUAUAUUCUGACAUUGUACAUACAUUUCCUGUUAUCUUGUAAAGCAAUCACUUCAUUCAGCUUCAAUAC